AUGUCCAACCCAUCGAUCCUUGCCACAAUCGCCAGCGAAGGGCUUACCCAGCACAAAGUCUACUGGUUUCAUGAUGGUUCAUUAGUCUUUCGUAUUCAAAAUCAUCUCUUCAAAGUCCACCGCACACUAAUAUCCCGGCACUCCCUUUUUUUCGCUUCCAAAAUCGCAAAAUACUCCGCGGAUGACGUUGUGGGUUCUAACGUAGCAAAGAUAGCGGAUGGGAUGUGCAUCUACAUGGACGUGGAACGUGACGUCAGUGCGAACGACGUGGAGGCAUUGCUUGGGCACCUGUACCAUGAUGUCUCAUUCUUCUCGUUGCCAAGCCCUUUAGGUCGAAAUCUUCCAUUCCAACGUGUAGCUUCGGUUAUUCGUGCGUCAAGUCCUAACCAGCUAGACUUCCCAAACAUCCAUUCUGUUGCCCUUGAGAGCUUGGAAGCCAUGUUUACAACCUACCCCGAAUCAUUUUCGCUUCUUCAUCCCCUGCACGAAUCCCUGAAUUUGGCUACAAAGUAUAAGCUUCCAUUAGUACGCAAAGCCGUGUUCUACAGCCUCGUGACCACCACGAAUUUCGACAUUGAGGAAAGGGCUGACAAGGGCCCUACGGUGGACCCUAUUGAGGACCACACCUGCGGCAUCUUGUCCGAAUCCGACGCCUGGCUCUGCCGGAGACUCUUGGCCCACAUCAUCGACCACUUUACCCCCACACUAUUCACCCCCGCUACAACGGCACAUAUGGCUUGCACAGAUGUGUUCGCGGACAUGUGGAUGCCGCUCGUUAUUACGCCUGCAUUAGCGGAUGAUGGCGUCUACAAGCCCCUUGAAACUCUGGAGAGGAUUAAAUCCAUUGAUUGGGCAACGAAGGGGUUGUGUGCGUCGUGUCUCAUAGAGAAACGGCAGGAAUGGACUGAGGAACAAUAUACGGUGUGGCGGCUGAUAAGUGGGUGGCUGGAGAAGUUGGAUGCUCAGACUGCGAGAAAGGGAACAUGA